AUGCCAAGCGCUACCCUCACAGUCCCGGGACUCAGUGGAAACCCUCUCCUGCACUCGAAUGGCGUUCAGGUCGAUCCCCGGGAUCGGCUCUUCAUCGUGAUUGACGCCGGCUCAUCCUUCGAAACUGGAGGCCAAAACAUUUCGGGCGACAACUUUCUCGUCAAAUACGUCACAUAUGGUGUCUACAGUGGGUACCCGGACGUUGAGCACGAUGAGCUGGGCAAUGCCUUUGUGCUCGGCACUUGCUCAAACAGCAUCAUCCGCGUCAACGCCGAUGGAAAGCAGGCCACGCCUUGGUACCUUGCAACCCUGCCCGAUCACACAGUCCACGGCUACAGUGGCAUCGUCAACAUUGGCAAGAAUCUGAUAGUCAGCGACAAUAUGGAUGGACAGCUCUACAAGUUUAACAUUCGCGCUCAGAAGGGCACUCCCGUCAGAAUCCCACUGUCGUCUGGGAACGGUCCGAUCGGUAUCAACCUGGACGGCGCCUACCUGCCUCAUCGUUACUCGGACAGGGCUCUUCUCAUCUCCGACAACGUCAACGGAACCUAUGUUCUCCGCUCAUCGGAUGGCAAGUGAAACACUGCCGAGAACCUUGGAGUGAUUCCCAACAGUUUUCUCUCCGAGGGGGUACUACGGUGGCCUUUCUUCAGAUUGGCGAGUCGAUCUAUGCCGUCACCGAGUUCUUCGGUGAUGCGCGGGUGCCAGGCACUCUUGCUGGAAACAGGAUGAGCUUUCCCCUGAUUGACAUUACGCCUCAGGUAGAGAAUUUGCUCAGGUAGAUCCAUCAUCUGCGAAAAGUUCAAUCUGCCCGCUCUAGGAGACACAAUGGGCAGGUUUGCGUUUACUCUGCCUACGGUACUCUUACGGCCAUGUACAUAAACUGUCGCCUGGAACAUUUUUGGUCACAUCUUGCCACGCCAGUAGGCCUGUACAUCUUGGCUCGCAAAUGCAGAUUUGGUAAUCGUUCUUACCUCAACGAAGUAAUAGGUUGAGGUUGGAAAACAAUAGUCACUUCAAAUUUAUCACAGGGUCAUCUU